UGGUUCAGUUCCGACCCGAUGACAAGCCCAGGACACACCACGACUGCAAGAAACGAAGCCAUUCUAACCUUCCUCCUUCCCUCUCAGAGGUCGUCUCUAGCGGAUAAAUCAUCGUGGAUUCGUCUGCAACUGGUUGCUACUUGCUACAGCAUCUCCAAAUUUCAUUAGUUUGAUGAGAAAAUCACUGAAAAGCAGGGAUGAAUGGUGCAUUUGACAGCCAGAUAUUAGCUGAAAAGCUUUCUAAGCUCAACAAUACACAACAGAGCAUCGAAACACUCUCUCAUUGGUGUAUUUUUCAUCGAAAGAAAGCUAAAUUGGUGGUUGAAACAUGGGAGAAACAAUUUAAUAGCUCAGAGAAGGAGCAAAGGAUUUCUUUUCUGUAUCUUGCAAAUGACAUAUUGCAAAACAGCAGGCGGAAAGGAUUUGAAUUUGUUGGCGAGUUUUGGAAGGUUCUUCCUGCAGCUCUCAAAGCUGUUCUUGAGAAUGGUGAUGAUCGUGGAAAGAACAUUGUUACCAGAUUGGUUGACAUAUGGGAAGAAAGAAAAGUUUUUGGAUCUCGUACUCGGAGUCUUAAAGAAGACAUGCUAGGUUCUGAGCCUCCUCCACCUCUGGAGACCAGCAGGAAGAGUUCUAGGUCCGUUCGAAUUGUAAGAAGAGAUCCACAUUCUGUCAAAGUUAAAUUAGCUGUAGGAAGCACACCUGAGAAGAUAGUCUCAGCAUUCCAGUCCAUGCAUAGUGAACACUCUCAUGAAGAUAUGGCUUUGAACAAGUGUAAGCUUGUCAUUAGUCGGGUCACAAGAAUGGAUAAAGAUAUUGGAAUCAAUUUUCCUCUUGCUUCAUACAAAUAUCCUAUGGAAGGCCUUUGUUCACUAUCAGCCAAUCUAAGGACUCUCACUAGAGGGGAGCAGAAGAAGACCUCUUUGUUAAAUGAGCUACAAGAGCAGGAAGAUGUUCUCAAGCAAUGUAUUGAUCAACUUGGAACUGUAAAAGCAACGAGAGAGGCUUUAGUGACCCAAUUAAAAGAAGCACUACAGGAGCAGGAAUCCAAGCUGGAGCAUGUCCGCACUCAACAGCAGGUUGCACAAGCCAAUGCUGCGCAAGCUGCUAGUAUGAGGCAAAAACUCGGUAAUGGCAUUGCUGGACAACCAACGGGACUAGAUGCUCCAGAGACCACUCCAGGUUUGCCCGCUUUGCAUCAAAAUGGACAGCCAUCUCCAGCUGAUGUUAAGUUGCCGGGAAAAGACAGCAAGACAGCAGCAGAAAUAGCUGCCGAAGUGGCAGCUAAGCUUGCUGCAUCAACAUCAUCUGCCCAAAUGCUGACUUCAGUCCUUUCAUCCUUUGCUGCUGAGGAAGCAAAGAGUGCAGGUCUGAAAACCAGUACCAGUCACCCUGGGGAUACCUUCCCAAAUCUCUCACCUGCUAAACGGGUUAAACUUGAAGAGCCAACAGUAAGAUCUGAUGGUGCUAUUGCGUUCUUCCCUUCUCCGCAGCUAGUCAUGCCAAAUCUUCAGCAGCACCCUUUGGCUAUUCAGCAACCCUCUGCGUCUAACGUACAAGGCCAAGUAUUGGCUCAGCAGCCUACAUAUGCAUUGCUUCCACCUCCUCAGCAGUACGUGCAAACUCAGGGUACAGGGAUGAUGGGACUUCAUUAUAACUACUCAAGUAGCACACUGCCACCCCCUCCACCACCACCACCACCACUGCCACACCAAAUGGUCCUGGCGAGACCUGCACCGUUGGCACAUCAGCCUAGUGCCCCAAGUUUCCAGCCUCUCCAGCCACCACCAAUGGGAUAUUACGGUCAAUCUAGCCAACCACCAAAUACCUUGGGCCCUCAUUAGAUAAAUUCUGGGUUCAAAGCUGACGAAAUCCUUUGUUACAUAUCUCGAGAAGCAACACGACAUGAAGCUGGGGAAUCAAUAUUUUGGGAAAAGUUGCAAGUUUUUUAAUCAUAUAAAGUUACAAUGUAUAAUAUCCAUGCGACACGGUUCCUCAGCGUCGGCAAACAGGCUGAAGCAGCAUCUUUUAACCUUUAAUCAGAAUCUGAAUUGUAUGUA